AUGGCUCCAGAGGACGAUGUAGAGGCCUUCCUGAUGGUGUUUGAGAGGACCGCAGAACAGGAGAACUUACCGUCGGGACAGUGGGCUGAAGUGGUGGCGCCAUUCCUAGUCAGAGACGCCCAAAAAGUGUACUUCGAACUCAGCCGGGAGGACGCCCAGGACUAUGGGAAGCUGAAGGCUGAGUUGAUGGCGCGCUUGGGGGUUACCACCUAUGUGUGGGCGCAGAGAGUACAUCGGUGGGCCUUUUCUGAGUCCAGACCCGUCCGGUCUCAGGCAUAUGACCUGGUACAUCUGUUGAGGAAGUGGCUCCAGCCGGAAACUUUGAGCCCCUCCCAAAUGGUCGAGCGAGUGGUCGUGGACCGUUUCGUGCAGACACUGCCAAGGGCCAUACAGCGCUGGGUUGGUCAGGGAGAUCCCGACAACCUGGAUCAGUUAGAAAAAGAGAGCCUUUCAUCUUAUCAAAUUUUUCUUUCUUCAGGUGAAGACUGGAUAAAAGGCUCCCAAGGCCAUCUAAUUCUAUCGCCUUCUUAUGAAAUAGAAGAAAUUCAGAAAGACGAAUGGUCAUUUUUGCCUUGUGAAAAAGAGAAAACGUUUAAUGUGAUAUCAAGUCUUGCUGAACAUCAGAGAAAUCACACAGGAGAGAAGCCAUAUUCAUGUUCAGAAUGUGGGAAGUGUUUUAGGAAUAAAUCAAAUCUUCUUGAACAUCUCAAAAUUCACACAGGAGAGAAGCCAUUUUCAUGUUCAGAAUGUGGAAAAUGUUUUAGGAAUAAAUCAAGUCUUGUGCAACAUCAGAGAAUUCACACAGGAGAGAAGCCAUUUCCAUGUUCAGAAUGUGGAAAAUGUUUUAGGAAUAAAUCAAUUCUUGUGCAACAUCAGAGAAUUCACACAGGAGAGAAGCCAUUUUCAUGUUCUGAAUGUGAGAAAUGUUUUAGUAAAAAAUCAAGUCUUGUGCAACAUCAGAGAAUUCACACAGGAGAGAAGCCAUUUUUAUGUUCUGAAUGUGGGAAGUGUUUUAGUGAUAAAUCAAGCUUUGUGCAACAUCAGAGAAUUCACACCGGGGUUAAGCCAUUUCCAUGUCCGGAAUGUGGGAAAAAUUUUAAUGAGAAAUCAAAUCUUGUGAAACAUCAAAGAAUUCACACAGGAGAGAAGCAAUUUUCAUGUUCUGAAUGUGGGAAGUGUUUUAGUGAUAAAUCAAGUUUUGUGCAACAUCAGAGAAUUCACACAGGAGAGAAGCCAUUUUCAUGUCCGGAAUGUGGGAAAUGUUUUAGGAAUAAAUCAAGUCUUGUGCAACAUCAGAGAAUUCACACAGGAGAGAAGCCAUUUUCAUGUCCGGAAUGUGGGAAAUGUUUUAGGAAUAAAUCAAGUCUUGUGCAACAUCAGAGAAUUCACACAGGAGAGAAGCCAUUUUCAUGUCCGGAAUGUGGGAAAUGUUUUAGGAAUAAAUCAAGUCUUGUGCAACAUCAGAGAAUUUACACAGGAGAGAAGCCAUUUUCAUGUCCGGAAUGUGGAAAAUGUUUUAGGAAUAAAUCAAGUCUUGUGCAACAUCAGAGAAUUCACACAGGAGAGAAGCCAUUUCCAUGUCCUGAAUGCAGCAUGUCAUUUAAACGUAAAGAUCAUCCUGAGACUCAUCUGACACUUCAAAUAGGAAAGAAGCCAUUUUCAUGUUCUGAAUUGGCCAAGUUCACCGGGACCAUCCUGGAGGUGCCACGAGCAUCACUAGAGAAACAACAGGAGCGUAGGGAGUUAAAUAAGUGGCUCAGAAGCUCAUCCAGGAAAGAAGGGUUUGGGUUCAUGGAGAACUAG